AUGGCGCACCCCAAAUACGAGUACUCCUACUCUGUUGCUGAUGGACACACCGGUGACAACAAGUCCCAACAAGAGAGCCGCGACGGUGAUGCCGUGCAUGGCGAGUACUCCCUGGUGGAGGCUGACGGCUCCGUGCGCAAGGUGCAGUACUCCGCUGAUGACCACAAUGGAUUCAACGCUAUCGCCCACCCCAAAUAUGAGUACUCUUACUCUGUUGCUGAUGGGCACUCCGGUGACAACAAGUCGCAACAUGAGAGCCGCGACGGUGAUGCCGUGCAUGGCGAGUACUCCCUAGUGGAGGCUGACGGCUCCGUGCGCAAAGUGGAGUACUCCGCUGAUGACCACAAUGGAUUCAACGCUAUCGCGCACCCGAAAUACGAGUACUCUUACUCUGUAGCUGAUGGUCAUUCUGGUGACAAUAAAUCGCAACACGAGAGCCGCGACGGUGAUGCCGUGCAUGGCGAGUACUCCCUGGUGGAGGCUGACGGCUCCGUGCGCAAAGUGGAGUACUCCGCUGAUGACCACAAUGGAUUCAACGCCAUCGCUCACCCCAAAUAUGAGUACUCCUACUCUGUAGCUGAUGGUCACACUGGUGACAACAAGUCACAGCACGAGAGCCGCGAUGGUGACGCCGUGCACGGUGAGUACUCCCUGGUGGAGGCUGACGGCUCCGUGCGCAAGGUGCAAUACUCCGCUGAUGACCACAAUGGAUUCAACGCCAUAGUUAGUCAUUCCGCUCCAGCGCAUCAUGCUGCCCCUGCUCCCGUCCUCCUCGCCCACCACUAAGUAGACCAUGACCCUGUAUUAAUUUGUUAAUAGUCAUUAGAAUUAUUUAUUGUAAACAAAAUAAAGGCAGGUACUGCUUGGUAUUUGUGAUUCAUUUUAAUUGUCGAUUUAUCCUUUAGUAUCCUUUAUUUUUCAUUUAUGAUUUAAAGUUUUUAGGGAUGCUUUGAUAAAAGUUUCACAAUUAAGAAUAAUUUUGUUACUAGAUUCUUGCCCUGUAAUUCCGUAAAUAUCCCAUCCCGAAUUCAAAUUCAAUAAUGUGUUUGAAUUCACUUCAAAAAGCGGAAUCCGCUCAAUUUUGAAUUGGUAAUAACGUUUCGUGGCAUAAGUGAAGUGAGUUUCGAAAUGACAUAGGAAUUGACAUCAUGUCUUAUAACAAUUUGGCAAACUUUACUUCUUCGUAACUCUUUAAAUCAGUGAUUCCCUAAGUGGUCCAGGUAGACCCCCAGGGGUCCACGAGGGAUUCAACGGGGGUCUACGUUGGUGUGAAAUAAAAAUAGGGCGCCAAUUUCCAUCAUUAGAUCUUUACAUUUUAGACGAAUUUAGGGAAUAUCGUAAACAUUUAGUAGCAGGGGGUCCACCGAAGCCAGUAUUUUUUUUAAAUGGUCUACGAGAAUAAAUCGUUUGGGAACCUCUGCUUUAAAUGGUCAAAACUAGGCCAUAAUCUUAAAAUGCCUAAAAACAGGUUCUCGUCCCUAAUCAUAGCAACGUUAUUUACCAUUAAGCAUGUAACUAAAGAGGUAUUAAGAAAAAUUUACGCAUCAAAACCAAUAACAGGACAAAAUCACCCAAUAACAGGAUAAGUCAAUAAUUAUUAUUUAUAGAUAGAUAGAUAAUUUAUUAUAGGUGUGAGGAAGUCGAUAGAAACAAUUGGAAAUUCCUAUUUUGUUCUUAGUUACAAGUUAAUAUAUAUAAUAGUUAUUUAAAAUACGAGUGCGGAAAGUACGGUUUUACGAAUAAGGGCCAAAUUAA